CGCAUGCAAAAGAAACUACCGAAAAACCCACCAUCUCUUUUCUCUCUCUGUUUUUCUUUGUUGUCUCGUUUCCCUGUCUAUUAAAUCAUUCGAUCUCUAUAUAUCCAAACCGUAUUAUAUUUGUAUCUAUAGUGUGAAUUUCCUUAAUUAACUGUGAAGUCUUUUUUCAUAAUGUCGUCGACGCCGGUUCCGGUACAGGAAGAUGCUGGUCAGAAAACCGAAGCACUACCCCAGUCAAAUAGUGCAACCAACUGGACAAUCAAUGUUUCAGAUGUAAGAACAGUUAAAGUCAGCAACAUUUCAUUAACUGCUACUGAUAGGGAUAUCGAAGAGUUUUUCUCCUUCUCUGGUGAUGUUCUAUACGUCGAAAUGCGAAGGGAAAGUGAAACAACUCAGCUUGCCUAUGUUACAUUCGAGGAGUCACAUGGAGCUGAUACGGCGAUGCUUCUUUCAGGAGCCAUCGUAGCUGAUCUUUCUGUUUUGAUUACGCCUGUUGAGGAUUAUCAACUGCCCCCUGAAGCUCUUUCAUCAAAAUUGGAGCAAAAGCCACCUGUUACUGAUUCUGCUGUUAAGAAGGCUGAAGAUGUGGUGAGCACCAUGCUUGCCAAGGGCUUUGUAUUGGGGAAGGAUGCAAUCAACAAGGCCAAAGCCUUUGAUGAACGUAUUCAUCUGACUUCAAAUGCCUCCGCAACAGUUGCUUCAAUUGACCAUAAGAUUGGUCUGAGUGAAAAGCUUAGUGUGGGCACAGCUGUGGUGAAUGAAAAGGUCCGGGAGAUGGAUGAGAAGUUCCAAGUGCUUGUAAAGACGAAAACUGUCCUUUCAGUAGCUGAGCAGAAGGCAAGCAGUGUAGGAUCUGCCAUCAUGGGUAACCCUUACGUAUCCACAGGAGCUUCAUGGGUUUCAGGUGCGUUUACUGCAGUGGCAAAGGCAGCUGAGGAUGUGAGCGUGAUGACCAGGGAGAAAGUUGAAAAGGCUGAAGAGGAAAAAAUGGAGAUUCCUGUAAGCGAGGGGAGCCCAGCACACAUCCAUCACAAUGGAUCUCCAGCGGGAGAGCCUCCAGUGAUUCCAAUUGAUUCAGCAGAUAGUAAGCUUGCAAAUAUUUGAGUGAUACGGCUUCUUCUAACUACACCUGAUUUUAUUUUCUGUAUGUAUUUCCCAUGGUUUCCCCUUUGUAUUUAAAUGUGAGCAGUGAAUUGCAGACUCUUUUCUCCGUUUCAAUGUGAUUCUGCACUUCCACAAAUUUUAUUGGCAUUUUGUUUAAAAAUAUUGCUCCCCAUCUGUAUUCUUCCGUUUAUGCUAUAAUAAAUGCAGCCAGUGCUCAAUC